ACAGUAAAAGGUACUUUAAUUUUGUAAAUAUGAUUUGUAGCAUUUUCUAGCCUAUAGCAAUUCUGUAAAACCUUUAAAAUAAAAUGUGCCAUAUAAUGAGCAGCUUUCUGUUCAAAAGAUAAGAGACUCGUUGCACAGCCCCCAUACAUUCAAAGGGGUAAUUGCCUCAGAGCUGGAAGUCCUCAGUUGGUUUUGUUACUUUUAUGGCACCAAGGCGCGUUUGACGCAUUCUUUAGUAAGAUUCCCCUUCCCCCCUCCUUCCUUAGGUUCUUUUUACCACUGAAAUUAUCAAUACAUUACAAAUGGGUAAAGGAAAAGCGCAGACGUUUCCCCUUCAGCCUCAUGAAAGCCCGAGGAAAUUAGACAGGGAGAGAAAACAAACAAACAAACAUUACGACGAUAUCUGCUGAAUAACGAGAAGAAUAGUCUGGUAUUUUUGCCACAAUGAAACUUCGUGGCAGUUUAUCAAUGUAACAGUAAAUGUGUAUUAGCAUAUUACCUGAAUAUCAACGUGAUUUGCACAUUAGAAACGAGAGUAUACAAAAUAGGUAUGCGCGGAUAUUAGUAUGGUUCAACAUUAUAGCUGCAAUUAGUUCUGUGGACACAAUCUUGUAAUUUUUCAAGUGUUGUUAUUGUUUUUAAACUAUAACAUGCAUUUAGACGUAUUACAAUUUAUUACGCCCUGAAGGUAGAACUGCCCUGAUAAUUAGGAUUGCCAUAUUCAUAUUUAUUGGUAUAUUCAUUGUAGCUAUUUAUUCUUGACUGUUGUCUAUGUUAACGUCAGUUAUCAACUGCAAAUACGAGUCAUCCAGGUAACUCUUUGAAAUUAAAUGUUACUCGUUGUAAAAUCCAUGAAAUACUUUUAGAAUCACUUUCACAGUGCACGUGGACAGGCUUUGCAUUAACCCACUAAACAAACAAACUUAGUCAUAUACAUGUUCAAAAAGUCAUAAUUCUUUGUUCUUGUGUGUGUGAUUCUGCGUUUCUUUGUGUGUACGUGUGUGUUUACUUAAACAUUAUAAACUGAAACCACGGGGAUACGAAGCUACAAGCUCGAUAUUCCUACGGUGCGCAGCGAAUUCAAUUGGCUGAAAGUGGUCAGGUGACGCUGUCAUAUUGUCCUUCCAUGAGCCAAGCCUUGGCUAUAACACUUGGUUUGCGCGUCUUAACCGGAGACUGGAAAUUAAUAUUAUUGAAAUCCCUCUGAAGUUCAUUUGAAAGAGAGUUAGGAAAGCAGACAGGAGACGUGUGUAUAUGACAGAAGGAAACCGAGCCCAAAGCACAAAGAAAGUGUGAGAUUGAGGAAGGGGAAAUAAGAUAGGAGGGCGAGUUGAUGAGAGGGCGAUAGGGAAGGUAUGAAUUCGUAUUUCGCGAACCCGUCGCUCUCUUGCCAUUUAUCUGGUGGGCAAGAGGUUUUGCCCAACAUGCCACUGAACACGACCACAUAUGAUUCAGUCAGACAUUUUUCGUCUUAUGGCACCACGGUGACCCAAAACCGGAUUUAUGCGUCCCCUUUCUAUUCACCUCAAGAUAACGUUGUGUUUGGAUCAAGUCGAGGACCGUACGAGUAUGGAUCUAACAUGUUUCUCCAAGAUAAGGACGUGCUUCCCAGUUGCAGACAAACUAGUAUGGGACUCAAUGCGCAGAGCCACGUUGCCCAGGAGUACAACCUGGAACAAGCUCGUGCAGGAUCACAGGAACAGAAAGGGAACAACAUUCAGAUCUACCCGUGGAUGCAGCGUAUGAACUCGCACAGCGGAGUUGGGUACGGGUCAGACAGAAGAAGAGGUCGCCAGAUUUACUCCAGAUACCAAACCCUGGAACUGGAAAAGGAAUUUCACUUCAAUCGGUAUCUAACCAGGCGCAGACGUAUCGAGAUCGCCAACGCUUUGUGCCUAACCGAGCGUCAAAUCAAAAUCUGGUUCCAAAACCGGCGCAUGAAAUGGAAGAAAGAGACCAAUCUAACUUCUACUGUACCGGGGACCGAAUCAUCGGGCGCUUCUCAGGAGACCGAGAAAGAGACCGAGGAGGAGACAGAAGAGGCUAAAAAGAAAGAUUAGGAAAUCUUGUUUUGAAACGCCUGUUAACUGCAACGUAACUACCUAAACUUUGAGAAUUGCAAAUAUUAAUGCAUGGACCGUAUACUCUGCUAUUUCUUUGACUGCCCCCACCUCCUCAAACCUGCAACCACACACACUAUUAUUACCACCACCACGCCACUGACAUUUACACACGUAGAAACAAAAGGAGAGUUUGAGAGGAAGAGAGAAACGCACGUUAUGCACCAUUAUGCAAUUCACAACUCUUUGUAUUGAAAAUAACUUUUUUUGGCUGCGUGGUUAAAUGCCACAGAUUAUCUGUUUGUGUGGUUGACAGCUGUAGUAUUAUCAUGUUGCAAUAGGCUAUUAGAAAUUACUCUGAUUAAAAUGUAUUCUAGCUAAUUUGAUAAGCAGGCUACGUUUUCCCAACUAUACAGCCUCCAAAGAGAGUAUCCUAAGCAUUCCAAAUGUCAAAGUAACUUCUUAAAUGCACAUUCAGUGUUUUUGUCCACGCGUAUUUGUACAACGAUGCAAGCACUGACGGGAUGAAUUAUACUACCUAAAUCCUUGUUACAUUGUAUUUUAAUUUUUCUUCUCAGUAUUGCCUUUGCCCCGUCAGUGUUCUGAUAUUCAAAAUGCCACUGUACAUCAUAAUUGUAGCUGGUAUGCAUAUAAACUUGUCUUAAAAUGAAAAUCAAACCCAUAUGAAAAUAAACGUAUACCUUGGUACGCAAUUAUAUUGUUUGUGUAAACUGUGUAUUAUUUAAUAAAACUCUUGAAAACUAAAA